AUGUCUGAUCCGCCAGGAGCUAUUGAGGAUGAUCAACUCCAACGUGACAUGAAGGCCUUGCAGGAGGGAAUCCGGCUCCUGUUUACCAACGAUUUCCAGAAAGCGGAGGACACUUUCAGGGAUGGAUCCAAACGUGAUCGUCCACUGCCGGCGAAUGGAACUGUUCGCGACACCCGGGGAGCAUUCGCUUUAAUCUACACCAUGGUGAGUUUUAUGUUUGGCUUGUUGUCCUUCGCCAACGACCAAUUGGACGAAUGUUUAACGCGGGUGUGGACCGCUGAGAGUUUAUUGCUGGAAGAUGCUCCUUGGGUGGGGCAAAAGAUGCUCCUGGGCAUGGUGUACCUCAUUGCAGGCGUCGUUCAAGCGGCAAAGAAUGCCUGGCUGAAGUCUGGAGUGAACUUGGUGCGAUCCCUUCGCUACAUCAAAGAUUUCGAGGAAGGUCUCCACUUUGAGGGCCGUGAGGCCGGCUUCGUGCGCAGUUUCGCCUGCUUCGUCAUGGGUCUUUUCAAUCUGGUGCUGUCCAUGCUGCCACCGCAGAUGCUGCGUGUGGCCUCCCGGGCGGGCGGCCGGACGCUGCAGGGAAGCCGCUCGGAUGCCCUGAAACUGCUGAACGACUGUUAUUCUCAGGAUGGAAUCAUGGCUCCUUUUGCCGUGCUGGUCCUGUUGUGCUACAACAUUUGGAUGAAGACCUAUUUGGGCGAAUCCAUCACGGACGAAGACUUCGCCAGCUCCAAGUCCCUGCUCAGCUGGGCGCAGCAGCGCUUCCCCGCCAGCGCGGUCUUCGAGUUCUGGCAGACGGAGCUGCACGUGAUCCGCACCGAAGUACGGCAAGCCUCGGCAUGUGUUGAAAGAGUUCAUGCAGUACUGGCUCAUUUGAAGCUUCCAGCCAUUGACUCCUUUCUGGAGCAGAAGAAAGCCAUGUUUUCCCUGGCCCUCUUGGAGUGGCCCAACGCUGCAGAGGGCUUCGAACAAUCCUUAGCGGUCUCCGUGGCCAGGCAGCGACGAUCCUAUGUGCCAACGUUGUCCUACCUCGCCGGCCUGUGCCGAAUCAUCUCGGGGCAAGCCUCCGAAGCACGCCCGAACUUCGAGCGAGUGCAGCAAUACUCGAAGAUGCGGAAACGAAACUGGCCGCCAGAGGAUGAUUUGGCUUUCCUGAAGGUGAAGGAUUUCGGCACCGGGGAGGUCUCCGAGCGCAGAGCUUUGUUGGAGAUGGUGGAGAUUUGCAUGCUGAAGAUUCACGUCCUCCACACCAUGCCGGCAGAAGAAAAACAGCAACUGAAGCAGAAGCUUCAGGAAGAGCAGGAGGGCGAAGCGGCAGAGGAGGCAGCCCGGGCCUUGCUGUUCAGUGCAGAGAUUUCGCGCUUGCAAGGUGAACAGGAGGAGGCCAAGCAGCUGGCGCUCACGGCGCUCAAGGCACUCCCGUCCAGCGUCCGGGGCAACGCCAACGGCACGGCGGCGGCGGUGCACCUGACGCUGGCGCUGCUAGGGGUCGACGGUCACCUAACGGCUUUGGACAAGUGCCCCCGCUGCUGCCGGGCCUAUGAUGAAGCCAUCAAAUUCAAGAGGCUGGGCUUAGAACGUCGCCUGGCAGACGCGGAGACCGAGGAGCGCCAUGGCACGCGGCACAGCGAGCGCCUGCCGAGCCAUGGCAGCGAGGAGCACCUGGAAGGUGCUGAUGACGAGGAGUUUUUCUCCGCAGAGGAGGAUGGAGACCAUUGGACGGAGCAUGUGGAACAUACCGAGAACUCCUCGCUGUGGAAGGCAGCAUUCAACUGGAAUAAGUGGAGAUUUCGCCGUCCGCCCAGCAUCGAAACAGAGCUGGGGGAGGGAAAUCCGUGCGUUGGCUCGCCCCAGUCCUCCUUCAGUUGGGCCUCCGAAGUAGCUGUGAAGGCGCUGAAGGAUCUGGCGAAGAAGUCGGCGGUGGCUGGAGGUCACCUGGGACACCAUGCCAGUGAGCAACUGGGCCACCUGGCCAAUUCAGGGCUUUGGGCUCUGGGCAAGACUUCCGGGCGGCGGCCCGCGGCGUGUGGCAGCAGUAAGCUACACUUGGAGGCUCUCUUGCGGCAGGCGGACCAAGGUGAUUGCUCGGUGGUCUCGAUGUCCACGCCUGGCCCCGGCGUGUCCGAGGCAGAAGUUGUGGCAUAUCUUCGGUGGGUGGCGUGCCAAGUGGGGUUGGCGACCUUCGUUUUUUUGGUGCCUGUAAUCUGGACCAAUACCCACGCUGCACAUCUUGCCUUCGCCCGGGUGACACUGCACAAAAGAGUAGCCCUGUUCGACUUUGAGCCUACAUCUUUAACGGACUGGCCUUUCACUCGGCAGAAGCCGUUGGCUUUCAAGACCGGACAGGUAGUUGAAGUUGUCUAUGAUGAUGGUUCUGACUGGCUACUGGGGCGCGUGGCCGGCCUGCCGGAGACGGUGGGUUAUUUCCCCAAGGACUAUGUGGUCUCCGUUGAAGAGUACGAGGAGCUGCUUCAGGAAUUCCGGAAGGAGCCCGCAUCCUUGCCAUCCACUGGACAAAGAUGUGGAUAA